CUAUUACAUGGUUAAGAAACUUCUCGAGGAAAACAGUUCAGGUGAAAUGAACAUAAACUGUGUGGAUGUGCUUGGAAGAAAUGCAGUUACCAUAACCAUUGAGAAUGAAAACUUGGACAUACUGCAACUUCUCUUGGAUUAUGGCUGCCAGUCAUCAGAUGCACUUUUGGUGGCUAUUGAUUCGGAAGUGGUGGGAGCUGUGGACAUUCUACUUAAUCACCGACCGAAAAGAUCCUCAAGACCAACCAUUGUAAAACUAAUGGAACGCAUUCAGAAUCCAGAGUACUCAACAACCAUGGAUGUUGCACCAGUCAUUUUAGCUGCUCAUCGUAACAACUAUGAAAUUCUCACUAUGCUGUUAAAACAGGAUAUAUCAUUACCCAAACCUCAUGCUGUAGGCUGUGAAUGCACACUCUGUACUGCAAAGAACAAAAAAGAUAGUCUACGGCAUUCCAGGUUUCGUCUGGACAUUUAUCGGUGUCUGGCCAGUCCUGCUUUGAUAAUGUUGACAGAGGAGGAUCCAAUCCUGCGAGCUUUUGAACUUAGUGCAGACUUGAAGGAGUUAAGUCUUGUUGAGGUUGAAUUCAGAAAUGAUUAUGAGGAACUAGCCCAGCAGUGCAAAACCUUUGCUAAAGACUUGCUUGCACAGGCACGGAAUUCACGGGAGCUGGAAGUUAUUCUAAAUCACACAUCUAGUGAUGAGCAUGUAGACAAGCGAGGACUACUGGAAGAGAGGAUGAAUUUAAGUCGCUUAAAACUUGCAAUCAAGUAUAAUCAAAAGGAGUUUGUUGCUCAGUCUAACUGCCAGCAGUUUCUUAACACCGUGUGGUUUGGACAGAUGGCAGGCUACCGGCGCAAGCACACCUGCAAGAAGAUUUUGACUGUUUUGGCAGUUGGCGUUUUCUGGCCAGUCCUGUCGCUGUGUUACUUGUUAGCCCCUAAAUCUCGAGUGGGUCGAAUAAUUCACACUCCUUUUAUGAAGUUUAUUAUUCAUGGGGCUUCAUAUUUCACAUUUCUGUUACUGCUUAAUUUGUACUCCCUGGUCUACAAUGAGAAUAAGAAGAAUACAAUGGGGCCAGCACUUGAAAGAAUAGACUAUCUUCUGAUAAUAUGGCUAAUUGGAAUGGUGUGGUCAGAUGUUAAGAGGCUCUGGUAUGAUGGUUUGGAAGACUUCUUAGAAGAGUCUCGUAAUCAGCUUAGUUUUGUCAUGAAUUCCUUGUAUUUGGCAACAUUUGCUCUCAAAGUUGUUGCCCAUAACAAGUUCCAUGAUUAUGCUGAAAGGAAGGACUGGGAUGCAUUUCACCCUACCCUAGUGGCAGAAGGUCUCUUCGCUUUCGCUAAUGUUCUUAGUUAUCUACGACUCUUCUUCAUGUAUACAACAAGCUCUAUUCUGGGACCACUCCAGAUCUCGAUGGGCCAGAUGCUGCAAGAUUUUGGAAAAUUUCUGGGCAUGUUUCUUCUUGUUUUGUUCUCAUUCACAAUUGGGUUGACACAACUUUAUGAUAAAGGAUUUACUGUAAAUGAAGAAAAGGACUGUGCAGGAAUUUUCUGUGAACAGCAGAGCAACGACACGUUCCAUUCGUUUAUUGGCACAUGUUUUGCUCUGUUCUGGUAUAUAUUCUCCCUGGCACAUGUAGCAAUCUUUGUCACACGCUUUAGCUAUGGUGAAGAAUUGCAGUCUUUUGUGGGUGCUGUAAUUGUGGGUACCUACAACGUGGUGGUUGUGAUAGUAUUAACUAAACUCCUGGUGGCAAUGCUUCAUAAAAGUUUUCAACUGAUUGCAAACCACGAAGACAAGGAGUGGAAGUUUGCUCGUGCUAAGCUUUGGCUUAGUUACUUUGAUGACAAAUGCACUCUACCUCCACCUUUCAAUGUCAUCCCCUCUCCCAAGACUAUUUGCUAUCUUUUCAACAGCCUCAGUAAAUGGAUCUGCUCUCAUACAUCAAGUGGCAAAGUAAAACGUCAGAACAGCCUAAAGGAAUGGAGAAAUCUGAAGCAAAAGAGAGAUGAGAAUUAUCAAAAGGUGAUGUGUUGCUUAGUCCAUCGUUAUUUGACUUCCAUGAGACAGAAGAUGCAAAGUACAGAUCAGGCGACUGUGGAAAACCUGAACGAACUGCGUCAAGACUUAUCAAAGUUCCGAAAUGAGAUGAGAGACCUGCUUGGCUUUAGAACUUCUAAAUAUGCUAUGUUUUACCCAAGAAAUUAAGGCCUAACUUUUCAAAUGAAAGGCGUCCAUUUUUUGAUGCCUGUAAUUGGAAGUAUUAUCCUAAUUCAGUUGCCAGACCAAACAGAAAAGUCUCCUAGUAUUGCACAAUAUUGAACUUGAAACUGCAUUUGCAUGAGCUGCACCUAGAUGCAGAAGUUGUGGAAAAAAUGCAAAACCGGUAAUAGUUUUUUUUAAACCUCUUAAUCUUAUUGUAUAUGUAAAAUUUGUAUAUAGGAAUUUUUUGAUGUUCUUCAAGCUGUGGCUGUCAGGUGUCAAAGCUUCGUAACUAGCACAAUAUGAUUAUUUCUUCUAUUUUUGCUGUUUGUUCCUUUUUGAUACUUGUUUUUCAAGUUGUGGGAGAAGAAGCUUUUUAAACAAAAAUCCAAACUACAUUUAUUUUUAAUAGAAAAGUUGGGUAGAAUAGUAUAAAAGAUGAUUUCCAAAAAAGUUGGAAAUUACUUUGGACUGUAGGUUACAGAGCACUUGAAGACUGUAUUGCUCUGAAAGAGGCAGUUCUAGUGCCAAGUUUUGUACAUUAUGUUGACUGUAUGC